AUGUAUAGGAUUUUGCGAUCAACAUCUUUUAUUAGGUUGCUGAAGAAUGCCUCCUCUGAUGUAAAACAAAUGUUUAAAAGUGAAACAGACUUGGAUAUUACUGCUGAUCUCAGAAAGAAACUUCAUCGGGCUAAGAAAGAAAAAUUAGAAAUAACGACUAAGCACAAUGCAGAGCUGGCAAGCUAUGAGAGCCAGAUUGCCAAGCUGCGAUCCGAGGUUGAAAAAGGAGAGGCAUUGCGACAAAGUCUGGAGUAUGACCUGGCUGUUGCUAGAAAGGAAGCUGGUCUCGGAAGACGGGCUGCUGAAGAAAGGUUAGCUGAGGCACAUAGGAUCCAAGAAAAGCUCUGUGCUCAGAAUGCAGAACUUCAGGGAAAGGCAAAUGAGAUCGAGAAAGCAUUCCAGACUUCUCAGCUGAAAUGGAAAGAAGAGUGCAGAAGAUUUGAACGUGAUUUGGAGGAAAGAGACAAUAUAAUUCAAAAUUGCAAUCGAGAACAUGAUUUACUUAUGAAAGAAAAAAGCAGACUAGAGAAAACUCUACAGGAAGCAUUGGAAAAACAUCAGCAGGAGAAGAAUGAGAUGGAGUGUCAUAUCAGGGAGACAACAUUGGAGGAGUUUAGAUUACAAGCAGAACAAUGGGAAGCAGAAAGAAGAGAGUUACAAUUUAUAGUACAGGAGCAAGAUAAUGCUGUGCAAAAUAUGCACAAGAAGGUAGAGAAAUUAGAAGCUGAACACAUGGACUGCUCUGACCUUUUACGGCAACAAACGAGUGAGCUUGAAUUUAGCACUCAACGAGAAGAACGUCUUAGGAAAGAGUUUGAGGCAACUACUCUAAGAGUGAGGAAAUUAGAAGAAAAUAUUGAAGCAGAAAGAGCAGCACAUUUGGAGUCAAAAUUUAAUUCUGAAAUUAUUCAGUUACGGAUUCGAGACCUUGAAGGAGCUUUGCAGGUCGAGAAGGCCAGCCAGGCAGAAGCUGUUGCUGACUUGGAAAUGAUCAAGAAUGAAUUCAAAGAAGUUGAAAGUGCAUAUGAGCGAGAAAAGCAUAAUGCACAAGAGAGCUUUGCAAAAUUAAAUUUAUUAGAAAGAGAGUAUUUCUCCAAAAACAAGAAACUAAAUGAAGAGAUCGAGGAACAGAAGAAAGCAAUUAUAGACCUUUCAAAGAGACUCCAGUAUAAUGAAAAAAGUUACAGUGAAUUACAGGAAGAACUUGUAAUGGCUAAGAAGCACCAGGCCUUUCUAGUAGAGACAUGUGAAAAUAACGUGAAAGAAUUGGAAUCGAUCUUGGACAGCUUUACUGUGUCGGGCCAGUGGACAUCAGGCAUCCACAAGGACAAAGAUAAACCUCCCAGCUUCUCUGUUGUCCUUGAGACUUUGAGGCGUACCUUGACAGAUUACCAGAACAAGCUGGAAGACGCGUCUAAUGAGCUAAACAGCAUGAAUGAUGCUAAGGAAAAAGCAUCGAAUGAACUCAGUUCUACCCAACAGAAGAUAGAAUCUCACACUAAAAAUAUUAAGGACCUUCAGGAUAAACUGGCUGAUGUCAGUAAAGAGUUAAGUCAUUUACGCACUAAAUGUGCAGACAGAGAGGCUCUCAUAAGCACUUUGAAAGCGGAACUACAAAAUGUGCUGCACUGUUGGGAGAAAGAAAAGGCUCGAGCGGCCCAAUCGGAGAGUGAACUGCAGAAGCUUUCCCAGGCUUUCCAGAAGGAUACUGAGGAGAAGCUAACCUUUCUUCAUACCUUGUAUCAGCACUUGAUAGCAGGCUGUGUGCUCAUAAAACAACCAGAAGGCAUGCUGGAUAAAUUCUCGUGGUCCGAGCUCUGUGCAGUCUUGCAGGAGAAUGUUGAUGCCCUGAUCUCAGACCUCACCAGGGCUAAUGAGAAGAUAAGUCAUCUGGAGUAUAUCUGUAAAAACAAGUCUGACACAAUGAGGGAGCUUCAGCACACACAGGAAGACACUUUUAACAAAGUGGCAGAGCAGAUCAAAGCCCAGGAGAGCUGCUGGCAGAAACAAAAGAAGGAACUGGAGUUGCAGUACUCCGAGCUCCUCUCUGAGGUGCAGAAGAGGGCACAGAAAUUUCAAGAAAUUGCUGAAAAAAAUAUGGAAAAGUUGAACCGUAUUGAGAAGUCACACGAACAGAUGGUUCUCGAAAAUUCACGCUUCAAAACUGUGUUAUCACAGACUCAAAGGGAACAAGCAUCCUUGCUGGCAGCCUGUGCAUUGAUGGCCGGUGCCUUAUAUCCUCUCUAUAGCCGGUCAUGUGCCUUAUCGACACAGAGAGAUUUUCUCCAGGAGCAGUUCAACACCUUUGAGUUGUUCAAACUGGAAGUCAGAACUCUAGCCCAGGCUUUGUCAACUGUAGAGGAAAAGAAGCAAGAGGAAGCUAAGAUGAAGAAAAGGCCAUUCAAAGGACUGAUGAUACGUGUAUUCCGGAAAGGUGUAAUUGCAAUUUUGGCAGCAAAUAGGCUCAAGAUUUUGGGCCAAUCAUGUGCCUCUCUUUUUACCUGGAUGGAGAGCUUCAAAGAAGGCAUAGGCAUGUUGGUGUGUACAGGAGAGCCCAAAGACAAGCAUAAAUUUCCAAGGCACCAAAAGGAGCAGUUACGUUGUUUGCAAGCACUUAGUUGGCUUACCAGUUCUGACCUUCUGGCUGCAAUCAUCACUUCUAUGGCCGAGUUACAGGAAGUCAUUAGUAAAACAGAUCCAAAUUCCAGAAUUUGUGGACAUUUACUCGUAGGUGCAGCCAAGAAUUCUUUUGCAAAACUCAUGGAUAAAAUUAGUCUGGCAAUGGAGAGCAUACCUUUGCACAGUAGCAAGAGUAUUACAUAUGUAGAAAAAGAUUCUCUGGUUCAGAGGCUGGCUCGUGGACUUCAUAAAGUAAAUACACUGGCCCUGAAGUAUGGUCUACAUGGUCAUGUGCCCAUUUUGAAAAGCACAGCAUCAUUACAGAAGCAGAUAUUUGGAUUUACACAAAGACUGCACGCGGCAGAAGUGGAGCGCCGUUCACUGCGUUUGGAGGUCACAGAAUUCAAACGAAACGUGAAUGAAAUGAAAAAGGAGCUCGACAAAGCCCAGGGUCUCCAAAUGCAAUUAAAUGAAUUUAAGCAGUCGAAAUUGAUCACCCACGAGAAGUUUGAAAGUGCAUGUGAAGAACUGAACAAUGCGUUACUUAGGGAACAACAGGCACAGAUGCUAUUGAAUGAACAGGCUCAGCAGCUACAGGAGUUGAAUUACAGACUUGAAUUGCAUUCCAGUGAGGAAGCUGACAAGAACCAAACUCUAGGAGAAGCUGUUAAGAGUCUCUCCGAGGCAAAGAUGGAGCUGAGAAGAAAAGAUCAAUCUCUGCGUCAGCUCAAUAGACAUCUUACCCAGCUGGAGCAGGACAAGCGUCGACUGGAGGAGAACAUCCACGAUGCAGAGAGUGCCCUCCGCAUGGCAGCCAAAGACAAAGAAUGUGUUGCCAAUCAUAUGAGAACAGUAGAAAAUAUGCUUCAUAAGGUCAGAGAUCAGAUCUCGCUGUCACGGACUGCGGCAAGUAGGAAUGACUUCACCCUGCAGCUACCCAAACUGCACCUGGAGACCUUUGCAAUGGAGGGGCUCAAGGGCGGGCCAGAGGUUGUAGCGUGCCAGGCUAUGAUUAAAAGUUUCAUGGAUGUCUACCAGCUUGCAAGCACUAGAAUUGCCACAUUAGAGAAGGAAAUGACAUCUCAUCGAAGUCACAUUGCAACGUUGAAAUCAGAACUUCACACAGCUUGUUUACGGGAAAAUGAAAGUUUACAAUCAACAGGAUCACGAGACCACUCAAAUCUCUCCAUUCCUUCAAGAGCUGCUCUUCCUGCUGACACAGUUGGUGUGGGGGAGUUUUUGCCAUUGAAAGCGGAACUGGAUACAACUUACACUUUCUUAAAGGAGACAUUUAUAAAUCCUCUGACGUCAUCCCGCUCCUCUCCAGUGACUAUGUCUGCUAAUGUCAAAAGACCAACUGAGAUUGGAUAA